GGGCCGUGUUGCCCGAAGGCGGGGGCAGCAGUGCGACGAGGGCGUAGAGCCGCGAAUCCCAGCGGAGAGCCUGGCCAAGGAGCAGGGUGCCGGCCAGGUGAUGCUUCUGCUUGGCCUACUUAGAACCGGAAAUUUCCAAGAUCUCUUAGGGCAGUGGGAAUCUUCUUUGACUCUGGAACACCAGGCAGGAUCUUUGCCAUUGGCUGGCCAAGAAGGAGGGGGCAGAAUGUCUGCAUUGUUACACCAUAGAGUUCAAACUUCAAAAGACUUUGGGUUAAACAGUAUCAUUUACUCUGCAAAUGAUUAUGUCUUUGCCUGUCCUCUAUGAUCAUCACAAACGAAUGAAACACCUUCCACGUCUUCCGAGUUCAGGUUACACUGUUUUCCAGAAGCUCUGGCCGCUGGUUCAGGGCCUUUGAGAAAUGGAACCCAACUCUCUGAGGACUAAAGUCCCAGCUUUCUUGUCUGAUUUGGGGAAGGCCACAUUGAGGGGAAUCAGAAAGUGUCCCCGAUGCGGCACAUACAAUGGAACCCGGGGGCUGAGCUGCAAGAACAAGACAUGUGGAACCAUAUUCCGCUAUGGUGCACGGAAGCAGCCUAGCGUUGAAGCCGUCAAAAUCAUCACAGGCUCUGAUCUACAGGUUUACUCGGUGCGGCAAAGAGACCGGGGCCCCGAUCACCGAUGCUUUGUGGAGCUAGGCGUGUCAGAGACGACAAUCCAGACGGUGGACGGGACAAUCAUCACUCAGCUGAGCUCUGGACGGUGUUACGUGCCCUCGUGCCUGAAAGCUGCCACCCAGGGUGUAGUGGAAAAUCAGUGUCAGCACAUCAAGCUGGCGGUGAACUGCCAGGCAGAAGCCACCCCUCUGACUCUGAAAAGCUCGGUCCUGAAUGCAAUGCAGGCCCCCCCAGAAACCAAGCAGACCAUCUGGCAGCUGGCCACGGAACCCACAGGUCCCCUUGUACAGAGGAUUACUAAAAACAUUUUGGUGGUGAAGUGCAAGGCAAGCCAGAAGCACAGUUUGGGGUAUUUGCAUACAUCCUUUGUGCAGAAAAUCAGUGCCAAAAGCUUGCCCGAGCGCCGGUUCUUCUGCUCCUGCCAGGCUCUGAAAUCACACAAGUCCAAUGCCUCCAAGGAGGAGGUGGCCCAGAGAUGUAUUCAUUUCUUUGCUUGCAUCUGUGCCUUUGCCAGUGACGAGACAUUGGCUCAGGAAUUCUCAGACUUCCUAAAUUUUGAUUCCAGCGGUCUUAAAGAGGUUAUUGUGCCCCAGUUAGGUUGCCAUUCAGAAUCGACAGUAACAGCUUGUGAGUCCACUGCCUCUAAGCCAAAGAAGAGGAAGAAGGAGGAAGUACCUGGUGCGCAGACGAACAGUUCACUACUGCCUCAGGAUGCAGUGAGCAGUCAUCUAAGGAAAAGUGGCCUGAAAAAACCUGUGGUUGCUUCUUCAUUAAAAAGGCAGGCCUGUGGUCAGCUGUUAGAUGAGGCCCAAGUGACCUUAUCCUUCCAAGACUGGCUGGCCAGUGUCACAGAACGCAUCCAUCAAACAAUGCACUAUCAGUUUGAUGGCAAACCAGAGCCACUGGUGUUCCACAUUCCUCAGUCCUUUUUCGAUGCCCUGCAACAAAGGAUAUCUAUAGGAAGCGCAAAGAAACGGCUUCCCAACUCCACCACAGCUUUUGUUCGGAAAGAUGCCUUGCCACUGGGAACCUUUUCCAAGUAUACCUGGCAUAUCACUAAUAUCCUGCAAGUUAAACAAAUCUUAGAUACUCCGGAGAUGCCCUUGGAAAUCACUCGGAGUUUUAUCCAGAACCGGGACGGGACUUAUGAGCUGUUUAAAUGCCCUAAAGUGGAAGUAGAGAGCAUAGCAGAAACCUAUGGUCGUAUAGAAAAGCAACCCGUGCUGCGACCCUUGGAACUAAAAACUUUUCUCAAAGUUGGCAACACUUCUCCAGAUCAAAAGGAGCCAACACCUUUCAUUAUUGAGUGGAUCCCAGAUAUCCUUCCCCAGUCCAAGAUUGGCGAGCUGCGGAUCAAGUUUGAGUAUGGUCACCACCGAAAUGGGCAUGUUGCAGAGUACCAAGACCAGCGGCCACCACUGGACCAGCCCUUGGAACUGGCCCCUCUGACCACCAUCACUUUCCCUUGAGGUCAACCACGGGCUCACGAGUACCAACCAGUUGGACUGCUGCACCCACUCUCAACAUUCAGACCCCUCUGGGACGCCACCAGCAUUGACCUCAUUUCAGACUGACCCCACACUACCACUACGGAGUGAUCCCAGAUACUCCCACCAGAAGAGGAUCUGCAAACCCUGCACCCACCUGCCUCCCGACCCAACCACACUCGCACCUGCUAUCCAUUGUAUACCUCCUCCAUUAGUCAUAGGAAUCUCCAUCUCUGGAAGAUGGCUUGUUCAGCUGCUGCCUUUCAACACUGCAGCCACCAUUUGUAUUCCGGAGUCAACAGCUCAAAAUCCUCCGUGUUCACAUAGCCACCUGUCUACUGCACAGACUGAUGAUCCUUAGACUGAGUGUAUUAACAGGUCUAAGAUACCGCCUUAACUUCUCCAGGCAAGCUGGCUGUGCCCCUAAUGUUGUGGGCAUCAUGAGAAUAACCCGCUGCUCCUCCAACUAGAACACUUUGGUUCUAACCUGUCGUGUCCCUGCUUCUACCAGAAUGCUGUCAUCUCAGCGGAUUGUAGCUUAGAAGAGUAAUAGGUCACUCAGAGACCUCCUGAAAAUCUGACUCCAAGAACUACCCACCUAAGUGAAGGUCUGUAGGCCUGCCACCUGGCUCUCUCAAGGUACCAGAUGUCAUCACCCCUGUGGCCUUCUGGGCCCAGCAAUUCCCAGUCACAGAAGUCCGUCCUGUCUUUCACUGAUUCCUGUUCUGUCCAGUCUGCCAAUAACCUGCAGCUUCCCUCCAGCCCACAUGUGCACACACAUGCACACACACCAAACACACUCCAGCCUCCUGCAUGAGUAGGUACCCCCCAGCUCUGGCUACCUACAGAAUGCAACCUAGGUAUGUCAUCUAAGAGGCACUGUUCUGUCAGCGUCUGGUUCUCCCGUCAGAGCCCAGAAUUUGCCCUCUGCUAAAAUAAUCCAGGGAAAUCCCACUGUAUCUGCUGAAGGUGAGAGAAUGGGCAGACUGCCCUCCUCCAGCUCUUUGAAUGACCUGGACCCUCUCAAGUAUGAGUUACAUAUAACACAGAAAAAUCAACCACAGAGAAAAACCUUACCCCUUAACCUAUUUUUUCUUUUUUUAUCUCCCAGAUUCUGAUUUCCUAAGUUUUCUUCCUUUGCAUUUUGUGAUAUUUUCUGAUACUCCUUAUUGGAGGCUUUUUUUAAAAGGUGGUUUUUUUUUUUUUUUAAGUAACCUCUACACCCAGCUUGAGGCUCGAACUUAAAACCCCAAGAUCAAGAGUUGCAGGUUCCACCGACUGAGCCAACCAGGCACCCCUUGGAUCUUAUUUUAACCUUCCUUACCGACCUUCCUCCCUGUCUGCUUGCCCUCCCACCACUCAGCUCUGCAAGCUCCCUUCACAUCUUUUACCGCCCCACCUGCCUCACCAAGGGAGCAGGAUGCCUUGUUUUACAAUAGUGCUUUAACAUGCAUAGGCAUCACCCAGGGAUCUGGUUAGAAUGCAUAUUCCAAUUCAGUUCUAGGGUGGGGUCCAAGAUUCUGCAUUUGUGUCAUCAAGCUGGAUGCCGAAAGUACAGGACUGCAGAGAUGCAGCUGGACUCCAGACUGCACUUUGAGAAGCAAGACCUAAUGCCUGACUUGGUACUGGGACUCCCACCGCUCGCUUGCAUUAAUGGAAGAGGGCAGUCCUGGAGGUCGGUGACACUAGCAAUCAGUGGCGGCUGCUAGAGCACUAGCUAACAUGCACCUAAGUGCUUCAAGGCAAUGUGUUCGUGUGAGCUGCUAUAUGGCACGCUCCCACGAAGUUGCUCCAACGGGUAGAGGCACUAGUCUGCCUCUGAACGGGUUCCAAGUCGACAGUUAUAGGAAUAUAAAGUCUGUAACCACACAUAUUCCCUGCGCGGUUUUUCUCCAUUCUCCCCAGUACCACUUUUUCAUUGAUCUCUCCACACCAUCUUAAGUUUCAGAUAUUAAGCCCUGGGUUCAAACCCUGACUCCGCCACCCGCUAUUAACUGUGCGACCUUGGGCAAGUUACUCAGCCUUACGAUCCGGUGUCCUCAUCCGGAUGGUGUGCAUACUAAAUAAGAUAGUGUGUGUGAAAUCCUCAUUAAAUACUAGCUACUACCCUUUCGCCUAUUGUUUGCACUUCUCUCUCCCUCUUCUACCGUUUUUUUCUAACAGCCUUGAGACUCGAACGUUGCUUUUUUGUUUAAUGUAACAGAAAGGCUGGAAGUAAAUAUGAAGGGGUGUGUGUUAUGUUGGUAUUCAUUUUGUUCCUAUCUUUUCCCCUUUUUUUUCAAAUUUUCUAUGACGAACAAUAUUACUUUGAUAAGUUCGAAAAAGGCAAGGUGAUUCCCUUAAAAAAGUGGGCUUAAAG